AUGGCGCAAGUCUUGAAAGAAACAAAACUUAUAGUAUGGGAUGAAUGCACUAUGGCCCAUAAAGGAGGCGUAGAAGCUCUCAGUAAAACUCUGCGAGAUAUAAGAGAAAAUGGUAGUUUGAUGGGCGGCGUUACGGUUCUCUUAGCUGGAGACUUUCGACAAAACUUACCCGUCGUACCAAGGGGAACACGAGCCGAUGAAGUGAGGUCAUGUUUAAAAUCAUCGUAUUUGUGGCCCCAAAUUAAGAAGCUCGCCUUAAAGACAAAUAUGAGAGUACUUUUAGGAGAUGAUGCUACCGUUGGUGAGUUUGCACAGACUGUGCUUCAAAUAGGAGAUGGAAAUUACCCUACAGUUGAUGGUAAGAUUAUUAUACCACCAACUCUGGCUACAGUAGUAGAAUCUCUUACAGAACUAACCAACAAAAUUUACCCCGACAUCAUCAAUCUCAAAGCAAAAUCCAUAGACUGUUAUGCUAUUAAGGAACCUGACCCUCCAAAGUUAUGCAAUGGCACCAGAUUGCAAAUAACGGCUCUCCACCACGAUAAUCACGGGAUGUUGCAGUUCCCCCUGAAGGUCUGCUUCGCAAUAACUAUCAAUAAAGCACAAGGUCAAACAUUGAAAAUGGCCGGAAUAGACCUGAUGGAAGACUGUUUUUCUCAUGGACAGUUCUAUGUGGCCUGUUCCAGAGUGGCCAGAAUAUCGGCUUUGGAAUAUUGUGAAGCAAUCGCAACAGGUGGGAGGUCUCUAUGA